UUGAUAGGUUCGUUAAUGGCGGAUCAUUCAAAGACAGCUGAAUAUUCCCAAAACCCCUAUGGCAUCAUUGACGACAUCACCCACCUAUCACCAUGUCCUUCCAUUUACCCCUCUCUUCAUUCCCCUCUAAAAUACACUCUUUUACGACUCCACAAACAAACCAACAAGACAGAGAGAGAGAUGGCACCUGCAGAGAGCGUGGUGGUGGUGAUGGAUGCCAACCACCGCAAAGUGAGUGUUGAAGCCGUCGACUGGGCCAUCAAACACAUCGUCCGCCCAAGAGACACCGUCGUGGUUCUGGGAGUGUUGUCUGAGGUUGGCAAGAAAACAACCACUUCUUCUUCUUCUUCUUCAUCUUCUUGUUUGCCUUUCCACGUGGGGGCUAGCCUCUCUCGCAUUUUGAGAAUAGAGUUCUCAGGACAUGGAGAAAUGAACCGCACAGAGCUUGAAGAAGAGAUCGAGAAGAAGAGGGAAGAAUUCCACUCUACUUUCCAGCCAUUCUACCGACGCUGCAAGAAGAAUGAGUAUGCAUUUGUGCAGGUGAAGUUGGAGGUUAUACUCGCUGCUGGAUAUGAUCCAUGUGAAAAAACCAUUGAACAAGCUCAAAAUUAUAAUACUCAGUGGAUUGUUUUGGACAGUCACUUGAAGAAACAUAAAGCAUACAUACAUGGUCGUGUAACCUGCAAUAUUGCAGUCUUUAAGGGGAAAGAUGUUGCUACCUUGAUCUCAUCCAGAACUCCCGAGUACAAAACAGAUGGUAAAAGUGUUGCCAAUGUGGGUGUCAUUGCCAAAGAAGAUGACGAACUCCAACAUGAAGUUCUCAAUCCUCCAGAAAAAUCAUUCAUACCAGCACCAACAACGCCUCCAAGUCCUUGUUGGUACCCACUUUCAUGGAGAACUGGUUUCCCACGAGCUUUCUCCAUCAGUGAGCUUGGAGAGAUAACCAACGGCUUUGCCGAUUCGAAUAUUGUUGUAGAGGAACAUGAAAAGAAAGUUUACAAAGGGAUUUAUCAAGAAACCCGUGUUUUAAUCAAGCUUUUCUCUGCCAGUGAUGACCAGUUCUGGUCACUGCUCAAGAUCCUUUCCCGGGUCCGCCAUCGCAACAUUUUAAACCUUGUUGGGUACUGCUGCACUGAUGCUUCCCUGUAUCUGCUCUGUGACUACCCUUGCAAUGGCACUGUUGAAACAAACCUACUCUGUGAUGAGUCAGCAAAGAGACUUUCAUGGAGAGUUAGGUGGUAUAUUGCUCUAGAGAUAGGCAUCGGCUUGCGCUAUCUUCAUGAAGAGUGUGUUGAUGGACCUAUAGCAGACCUCUCUGUCUGUUCCACUUAUGUUGUAUUUUCUAGUGGUUCCACUGUAAUGCUUAGCAUCUUCAACACAGCCAAGUGGCUCAAGGAUGAUCUUUCUCACAAUGAAGAUCCACCAGCCGAAAGCCUGAAUGCAGAAGAAGAUAAGCACCUUUUGGCAGAUAUACAUGACUAUGGGCUGUUCCUCAUAGAACUCAUAACCGGGAAGAGUGCCCAGUAUUUUCAGAAGCAAGCCAAGGGUCAGUCCUUAAUUGAUUGGGCAUUGCCAUAUCUGGAAAAUGGUUCCCUAAACCAAGUGAUGGAUCCAAGAGUGACAGACACUAGCGAUACUGGGGUUGUAUCACAUAUGUCACGCGCCGCUUUGCUCUGUCUAAAGAACGAUACGGCUCAUAAGUUUUCUAUAAGUGAGGUGUUAGCUGUGGUUCGUGGUGAUCAAUUUGCAGUGAGCAACUCUUGAAGUGGUGAUCAAUUUGCAGUGAGCAACUCUUGAAUUCCUUCAUAGAUGUUUGCAGUGUCAUUUUAUGUGUAAAAUAAAAUUAGAGUAGAUGUUUUCGGUGAAAAGUUUGUAUGAUUACAUUUACAAUUUUGCAUAUAUAUAUAUAUAUGCAUGUGAAAUUUAUCACACCAAAACUUGUAAAUGUCCACAAACAAGCAAGAGGAAAAUGAAUUCAAAGUGACUUCUAUAGUUUAAGUUCUUUGUAUGAAUGAAUGUGGCAAUAGGAUUGUGAUGUGUCAUGGAAGUAAUCAUGUCCUUAUAAACUAUCUGAAAAUUGAU